AUGUUUGCCCAUUAUUUUUCCUCGAUUUUUGACUUACCUGAAACCAACCAAUUGCAAGCUAUCAGUAAAAUAAAAAACACUUGUUCCGCUGGCAUCGACCAAGUCCCUUCUUUUCUGAUAAAAGACUGUUCAGCUGCCUUUCUUAAACCUUUGUGUUAUUUGUUUAACCUAAGCCUUAAUAAUUCUUGCUUCCCCAAUAUGUGGAAGAUCGCUAAAAUUGUACCAGUAUACAAAUCAGGAGAUAUAUCCGAUGUGCGCAGUUACCGCCCCAUUUCAAUUUUAUCCUGCUUCUCCAAAGUUUAUGAAAGAAGAUCAACUCAUACGAACUUAAUGUGUAUGUCCCAAAUAAUAUCCGAUACGCUAGAUCACAGUGGCCAGCUUGACGUUAUAUAUACGGAUCUGUCGAAAGCUUUCGACAAAAUUAAUCACCAAAUUUUGCUUUGUGUCCCGCAGGGCUCCAUACUCGGUCCACUUUGUUUCAUAAUUUACUUAAACGAUGUUGUGGAUAUCAUCCAGAACUCCCAAAUUCUUAUUUAUGCAGAUGACAUCAAAAUAUUUCAUAAAAUUGGCAACGUGGAUGACUGCUUAAUGCUCCAAAAUGACAUAAACAAACUAAAGGAUUGGUGUUUACUGAAUAAACUGCCAUUGAAUAUUGAUAAAUGCAAGGUUGUUUCCUUCACGCUGUCUUACAAUCCUUGUCAAUUUGAUUAUCAUAUUGAACAUGUCACUAACAUUGUAGGUAAGGCUGGUAAGAUGUUUGGGUUUAUUGUACGAAAUUGUAAAGGUUUUAAUAACGUGUUACCCUUAAUUCAACUUUUUAAUUCACUGGUGAGAUCUAGGUUAGAAUAUUGCUCCACGGCUUGGUUCCCAUAUUAUGAUUAUCAGAUAAGGCUGCUAGAGAACGUUCAAAGGAAAUUUUUAAAGUAUUUAUAUUUCAAGGAUGAAGGAGUGUGGCCAGUUAGAAAUUACCCACAUGUAGUAUUAUUAGAGCGAUACAAACUUAAUACAUUGCAGUGCAGAAGAGUUGUCAGCGCACUUAUUUUCUUGCAUAAACUUCUGAAUAAUAAAAUUGACUGUGUAACGCUUUAUUCCAGUACACCACGCACAAAUAUUGGUAGAAGAGCUCCAUUAUAUGUGAUCAGCAUGUAUACGAACAAAAUGGAGAGAAAUAGCGAUUGUGAUAUUUUCAGCUGCUCGAACAGAGAACUGAAAACUGCAAUCUGUGACAAGCUAAAUUUAUGA